UUGUCCGAAUUGCACACAGCCGACUGCUGGGAAUUUGAUGUCAUAACUCCGGCUGUUGUAUAGAUCGUGUUCUCGAAUUUGGUAGUUCCACGUCUGCUCUUUGGGUCACAACAGUAUAGUUUCGCUUUUAAAAUGUGAUUUUUAUUUAAUUGCUAUUGGUUUGCUUUUGCUUGCGAUAAAGAAGUGAACAGCGUGCUGCUCGCACUUCCUUUCCGAUGAUUUUACCAGUCCCCACACUACUGGGAUGCUGGGUAGCGGUUACACGCUGCAGUGACCGAGACUUUCGCAGGCUCCCGGGGAAAUCUGCGUUUUCUGUCUCUUCGGCCGUAAUAUCUGAAUAGAACGAUAUUUGAAGUUGAAGGCUAAAGUUGAAGUCAAUUCGUCAACCAAGAAGAGCUUUUGAACGAUCUGUACUAUUUUAGUGAUUUACGUCGUACUUCGGGAGAGGAUCUCACUGGUACGGGCUGCAGAAGCGCGUCUCUGUGAUGCGCGCCCCUGGAUUUUAUGGGACUGGGAUAAACGUGGCAUUUCUGAGACGCAGGAACUUUGUGCUUUUGUGUGUUGGGCGAUGGGAGCGUUAUGCAUGUUCAGCGUAAAAUAGUUUACAUAACGUUAUAUUUUUGCCGGCCGAAGGACGCGUCGGCUCAGGAUGUCGGAUGGCUCGCUUCAGGUGUAAGCUCGUCCUCGGUACCCCACGGACACUCCGCUUUUACAGAUGGACAGACGCCGGGAGAAGUAACGCGUCGCAGGAUUUUUGCACCGUCUUGAUCUGCUGUAUGCAUGCGUGUUAACCGAGGUAGAAUAUUACUGGGAAUUGCAUGAGCUUUCACGUCUUUAAUAUGUGUGCCUUCACAAGAAGAGCUGCAAAGGAUACCCCAGCCCUUGUUUGAUAUUUUCCUCGGCUAAAACAACACCUGAUAAAGACAUAUGUUUGUACAUAUCGCAUGUUAUUUGUUUUUAAAUAGGAUGAAAAGUCUUUUAGAUAUUCGGGUGUCACUCGUAGACGUUUCUUGUUAGUGUUGUAAUGCUGAUGGCAUAAACCUUCUGUUAACAUGGAUGAUAAAUCCAACAAAGUGAUCCUGCUUCCAGUUUUAGCUGUUCUUUUUGUGAUGAUCGGGUACCAAUAUAUAUGUCCUGCAGGGAGUAACUCUUGUCCUCUGAGGACAGGGGAAAAGUUAACGGGACUAAGUCCCCUGUCCGAUGAAUAUUCGUCAGCUGACGAUCUAUACCGAGACCAAGAGCUGGAAGAUGAUUACCCUCCUAAAUUUCAGUCGAAAUUUAACUUUACGGAGAGGGACCUGGACCGUCAGGUGGAUUUCAAUAUCAAAGGAGACGACGUGAUCGUGUUCCUGCACAUUCAGAAGACUGGCGGGACCACCUUCGGGAGACACCUGGUCAGGAAUAUCCGCCUGGAGAAGCCGUGCGACUGCAAGCCGGGCCAGAAGAAGUGCACCUGCUACCGGCCCGGUAAAGAGGAGUCCUGGCUCUUCUCGAGGUUCUCAACAGGCUGGAGCUGCGGCUUGCACGCAGAUUGGACCGAGCUCACCAACUGCGUGCCCGAUAUUAUGGAGAAGAAAGAGGCGCAGAAGAACCGAAGGAACUUCUACUACAUCACGCUGCUGCGCGACCCCGUGUCACGCUACCUGAGCGAAUGGAAACACGUGCAACGAGGCGCCACCUGGAAGACGUCGCUGCACAUGUGUGACGGCCGCUCGCCCACGCGGGACGAGCUGCCCACCUGCUACCAGGGCGAUGACUGGUCGGGGGUGGCCCUGUCGGAGUUCAUGGACUGCCCCUCCAACCUGGCCAACAACCGGCAGGUGCGGAUGCUGGCCGACCUCAGCCUGGUGGGCUGCUACAACCUGUCCUCCAUGAACGAGAGCGAGCGGAGCCGGACCCUGCUGAGCAGCGCCAAGGCCAACCUGAAGAACAUGGCCUUCUAUGGCCUGACCGAGUUCCAGCGCAAGACGCAGUACCUGUUCGAGCGAACGUUCCGCCUGUGCUUCAUCUCGGCCUUCACGCAGAUCAACAGCACGCGCGCUGCCGCCGUCGACGUGGCCGAGGACGUGCGCCGCCGCAUCGAGGCCCUCAACGGCCUGGACGUGCAGCUCUACGAAUUCGCCAAGGACCUCUUCUUGCAGCGCUACCAGUUUGCACGCCAGCGGGAUCGCCACGAGGAGCGCAUGCGGAGGCGUGAGGAGCGGCGCCGGCUGCGUGAGCAGAGGGCCUUCCUUGCCAAGCACCGCCAGGGGGCGGAGCCGGAUGGGGCCGAGGUCACCACCACCCAGGACUAUGCGAGUCAGGUGGCAUGCUGGUGAUGACAUCACCGCGCCGAAUUGCAGCCCCUGGAGGAAAAUGGGGCUAAAAAGAGACCAGCACUACCUUUAUCUCUCUCUCUCUAUUUCUCUCCCUCAUCACACUCUGUCAUUCGUCCCUUUUCACUCACCUCCAGUGUAAUCUGGUCUCUGAUGUUCUCUGAAACACCCCAAAGUCACCAGUCCUGUGGCUCGCACAGUAAAUAUACCUUGGAGCAUCUCUGUGGUGUCUUAACGUUUAAACUGGGCACACUUAAUUGGUUUACAUAUUUCUGUGUCAGAAUUCCCGCUGCAGCCAUUUGGCAUUACGGUUAUUAUCAUGCAAGCGUCUUUACAUACGACAAAGGAAGAUAUACCAUUAGAUACAGCAAAAAUAAGCUGAACAUGUACUUGUAAUAAGAAUUUGAAGGACUGUGGGUAUCAGGCAGGAUGCAGGCAAAUAUCUAGCCAAAAAAAUCCCAUUCUUUUAGGUGAAUCAGGAUAAUUGUAGCUACAUCUGUUGUUCGUGUUUGUGCGGCAAGUUUCAUAAUGAACAACGAAAGGAAAAAUUUAAGUCGGCGUUUACCUCAUGAAAAAAGAGAACAAGCUUAAUUCCAGCGUCUAACUCGCUGUGUAAGUAUGAGGUCCACACGUAAAAACAUCAGUUUCACAACCUGCUAUUUUAAGUUUUCAUUGAUCGAUAUAAUUAUGGGUUAGAGUUUACAAGAAGCAGAAACACAAAGAAAAAUUAUGUGUGGUAGCAAUUCAUGAAAAAAAAACCCAGCGCAGACCUGAAAUAUUUAGAGCAGCAACCCAGAAAUGGGUGUCACAAAGAUAAAACAGAGUCAGAAUCUCUAGAUGCGACAUGUACAUUUGAAACAGGUACUUAGUGUCAGCCGGGAGGUUCUGCACUCUGAGGUCUUUAAUCUCACGCAAGUCUUUGAUGGCUUAAAGACACGCAUUGCAGUGUAGGUACGUUUGUCUUGUAUAUAUUAAGGCACAAUCCGAGUGCAACACUUUCUCAUUUAUUUGCAGCCUUUGAGCUGCUGUAAACAUUGCAAAUGGAGGCAAGAGGAGACAUUGUGGUUCUCGCUUUUAAAGCCAUUCUUCUCAAGUGUUCCUUUAGGGCCAUUUUCAGUAGUAAAACAAUGUUGAUGACGUGCUGAUAUGCAAAAAACACCUGAGGGGGGCCUAAAAAAUCUGACACAGUUUAGUUUAGCAGGUCUCUGUCUCACCUUUUGCAAGUUCCUUCUUUUAAAAUGCCUAACUGUCCCGAAUGACCCCGCAACACUGGCAUUCUGUAACGUGUCGUCAGUGAACGAAAAGAAUGAAACGUUAAAUGCCAGCCUCGCAAGGCCCCCUGGAGAAUCUGUGACUUUAUGGUCCCAGGGUGUGUGCUUAGGCGUCUCAUCUACCUUCCCGAAAUGACAUAUGUGGGAUGAACCUGCAAUGGAAAUGGCGGAGAGAGGCCUGCGGAGAUGCCAGGGGAUCAUUAUUGUUAUUAUUAUUUUUAUUAUUUUCUUCUUUAUUAUGGUCAUGAAAUGAAGGUCGUGUAAAGUGCGCUUUGUACCCCUUGAAGCCCAGGAUUUUCCGAAGAAUCUGCUGCCAUGAAUAGACCCCUCAGAUGCUCGGAGCCGUGGAGACUGGGCAAUCGCCGGCUUGUGUUCCAGCACCAUUUGCAUUAUAUUAGAGUUAAUUGCCACUUUCACCUGGGUCACGCGUCUGAUUUAGCUAUUUCAGGAGUUAGGCUUGGUGUGUGAGAGAUGGCAGAUGCCCUGUAUCGCACUACAGGGGUGGCCCUUCUGCCCCAUGCCUGCCAUGCUAAAGUCUCAGAGAUUUACGUUUAUUUUUGUUGGUUUUUGUUGGUCUCCUAUCAUGGAAAAAUCUUCACCCGCAUGAAGGUCAAAUGAGGCAUAAAUGUUCCGAUUCAAUUUUGCUCGAAAACAAUGCAGAUUUCAUUCGAGUUUUUCAAAGAAAGUAGAGACCUUGCACAAUUUCUAUCCCCUCACCGGUGAAUUUUAGGAACAUGCUGAUAUCCAGGUAGAUGCUGACAAUAUCCCUGGUAAAGAUGCUCUUGUUUCCAAAACAAGAAGUUUGUGGCCUUGUGGAUGUGUAUCUAUAUAUGAUAAUGUGUGUUUCUCCAUGUCAGUGUGGUCGUCUUCCUGCUUAUGUGUGCCUAUGUGUGUGUGUGAGAGUCUUUGUGUGAAUGUGUCAUAUCUAUUGAAAAAGGGGUCUCGCAGGCCGAGUUUCGUAAUUUCCAUUCUUCCAUAGCUGGAGUUUGGUUCCUCGGAGCUACGACGGAAAGUUCCCAAAGAAGGAUGGAAUUUUACACACCUGAUACUGUCACCACACUCUAAAUGUUUGGUCUCUAACGUAGGAAGCCCAAUACACAUAGUCUAAGCCGGCUGCAGCCCCGGUGAAUGCUGUCAACAGACAGGUCAAGGGAUUCACCACAUUUUGAUGAAGCGAUUCCAACACAAGGUGCUUUUUCCUGAAUGGUUGGCAUCAAGAUUUUGUUACUCAUGUAAUCUGUGUUUGAGAUCCACCUGGAAGACAUGUGGCAGUUGCCUCUUUUCUGGGGGAAAAAAAAGUAAAAAAAUAAAUAAAUAAAAAAACAUGUCUAUGUUAAGAACACAUUCUUCAGAUAUCUACGGUGUGGCCACACAAAGUUCGGCCAUUUCAAAGUUAUGUGUGAGUCUGUAUGUCCGCAUCUAAAUGAUUGUUAUGUAUACAAAAUGGAGGCCCCAAUGCCACUCGGUGUUGCUACUUAUAUAAGUGAUUCUUCUGACAUAUUUGAAAUGCUGACUGGAUCAAAAUAUCAAAGAUGUUAUAAAUAAACAAAGAAGGAGAACAUC